AUGACCUUUUCGGCGCUGCAAGUUCAGCAAUGGUCCCAAGAGGCAUUUCGAACCCUCGAGCGAGCUAGAGAGCUUUCUUCAUCUGCUCAGGCAGUGCUUGAGUCCACCGCUCACAUACUUAGCGAUCAGCUACCGAAGAAGGUGCAAGCAGCAACGUUGGAAAUGGACCACAUCAAGGACCAACACGCGAAUAUCGCAGCAUUGGUAGAGCAUCUACGAGUGCAAGUGAAUGACGGUCUCAUUGGCUCUCACAGAGCUGCUAGAGAAAAGCAAUUGGAGCCUGUAAUGGCAAGCCUAGAUGACGUUCUAGCGCAAUUGCGAGACACAACAGUACCAGAAGAGCUUCUUAGUAAUGAGGUUGCGGAUAAAAGCAGCUACAAGCACUUGAGUGACUUUAUAGCCGACGACGAAAUCAACAUUCUCAAGAAAAAUAUCAGCAUAUAUUUGGAAAACGCCGAGAAGGCCCACAAGCUUCUCACGCUGCGACUAGACGAGCUACUAAAGAUCUACCAUAAGAUUUCAAGGAAGUACUCGCGUUUGGUGAAAGCUUAUGACGCCUCUGUAGCAGGUGUUGCCAUGCUUCUCAGAUUUGCAGCCAUGACACAGUCGCCACCAAAGGAGCAGAGCAACUUGAUUCGUGACAUACUUCGAGAGAAUAGUUCACUAGAGCAGGAACUCGUGUCCUUGCUUGAAAUGCUUACUAAUCACUACGAUCAAUGUUCUAUUGCUGUGAAUCUUCUACAUUCCAACGGGGACACUCGCGAUGUCAAUUAUGAGGUGCUUCAGGCGGAUACCGCCGAAUUACCCCAUGUUUUGCGAGAGUUUUCUGCAAUUCACGACAUUAUAAUGAACAACGAAACGAGAGCGGCUAAGCUCGUAGAGCUGAAACUUCCUCCGAUCAAUAGUUUUCUUGAAGCCUCCCGUACGCUCUCGAAUUUGAAUACCACUUUCAAGAAUGAACAAAUCACUGGCUUUGUGCUCCUUCUAUUGCGACUUGAAGAGGUCUUGAGACUGUGUCUGAUCGAAGUUUCUGACACUUCCACUAAACUGGUUAUUGAACUAUACACAGACGUUAUAAGUCAGCUUUUGCAUCACUUCACUCAAUUUCUCGCCACCUUCAAACUGCAAUACAUUACCGAGCUUCAUUACGAGCAGUAUGUAUAUCCAAGGAAGUAUGUCAAGGUACUCGAUGAUUUUCUUCACGGACCACUUUUGGAAUUGGAAGAAGAAGAACGGGCUAGAAGAGCUCAAUGGCUAUCGAAGUAUGGCGACUUCAUCCCAAAAGAGCUUUUGCUUCCAGGCUUGCAAAAUCAACCUUGCGUGGUGCGAGUAACUACCGAGGGUCUCGAAAUGCUACAGUCGGAAAGAGCAGAAGAAAAUGAAGCUCAUCUACUUCUGUUGCUCAAAAGAACAAGGCAACGAGCAAGAAGCAGUGAGACAGGGGCAGAAGGUCGAGAGACCCACAGAAAGGAAUCGAUAUGA